GUCUGGAAACUGUGUCAAUGGUUUGGUUUGCCCUAAUUAAUGGUCAUUCUAGCCUUAGCUUAGAGUUACAGAAGGGCUUGGCUCUCAAACGGAUAACCAGGUAAAAGAAAACCAAAUGCUGAACUCGGGCAGGGCAAUCCUCCAGUCUUUUACAGGACAACAGUGGCGCAAAUUUUGUAAAGGACAUUCUUGCCUGUGGAUUACAGAAGGAAUCGUUGAAUUUUUCGAAUCUCGCUUAUGACCAUCCUUCAGUUGAUAAUGGCUUGAUUUCGAAUAUUCAGGAAGAAAGUUUAACAGUAAUCCAACCGAUAACAUACUAUAGGUCAUGUCUUUGUGAAUUUGAACCGUUAUUGGGCUCUUGGUAUUACGAUGGCUGCGUCCACCACAAAAGUGGAAAAGGUGACGAAAUAUGAGACAUCAAAGCUUCUGGAAAAAUGUAAAAAGGAGAGAGACGAUGCGAUACACAGAGAGAAUACGAUGAGGGACAAGCUGAGGCAAUACGAGUCCAGGAUAAGGUCAACCGAGGGGCUUAAACAAAAAAUGAAAAAUAUGUCACUGGACAACAAGGAGCUGCGUAAAACCGUGAAAACGCUAAGGGCUGAUCUGGGUUUGGAAUCGAGUCCAAAGUUCCAAGGGAAAACCACCAGGGAUAUUAUCAACGACCUGCACGAAAAAGAGCGUCAGUACAUCUCAAUGGUAGAAAGAGCGGGGAAGUUGAGUCGGACGAUUGAUGAACUUACAUCGGAGCUGGCCAACACAGUAACUUCCAAAACUCUUCUGGAAGAACAGGUAGAAUCCCUACAGCAGAACCUGAAGGAAAUGACCAACAACCAGCGUCGCUUGCUGAAACUUUGGGAGGACAAGAAAGCACAAAGAGAACAGCUGUCCCUUCCGGCUAUUGGUCAAAGACCCGGGCAGCGACCUGUUGUACAUAAAAGCGUUCAGACCGAGAUGUCCAUCAGCGUGGCCCAGAAACUGCCUGCUAAUGCUUUUGAAAUUAAACCAGUUCGACGGGAGACUGAAAGAAAUAAAUCCACUUUAGAAAAACGCGGUAUUUUACAGAACGGUACUCAUCGAGAGAAAACAUCUUUCAUGCACUCUGAACCAAAAGGCGUCCCGAAUUUAUUGAUGCAACACACUGGUUUGGAGACCUAUAAUAGCAACAGCUAGGACUAUUGGUGCCCUAUUAUUAUGGGGAAUCAUAUCGAUCAAAUUUAGCCUAUAGCUGGCGAGGUAGGAUGGACUCCGAAUAUGGUUUCAGCUAUACAGCGUAAUAAUGUUUGUACAUGUGCCCACUUAAAAUGAAAAACAUUUUUAAAGUGUUGCUGUUCCUGUUUUAUGCGGUGUACUCGAUGUUGGAUGAAGUCGCGCUUUUGUUGCCAGUAAUCGUUCCAUCGAUACAUAGGGGCAAGCUACAGAUUACUACUGUUUUUGACCAGAAACUUACAGUUUACAAGAAGUUACAUCAGAAGUUUACAAGUAUUUUUUACCUGCUUCUAAUAGCGACCAUAGUAACUAGCUUGCAAGAUUGGCUACUACUAUAGAUUGAUUGAUUGCUAUAUAAUUGCAUUCACAUUUCCCAUAAACUAGCGUAGCCUUCCCAUCUGUAGACUGAGUCUAUGUGAUAUUUAUUUCAAAUACUAGGCCUAUUGAAGUUUGAGGAUAAACAGGAUCCUACAAAAUAAUUUGAUUUUUAUUUCACCUUUGUCCUUCAUGACUGAAGUACCAAUUAUUUCUCUUUGAAGGCCAGUUUAAUCAAUCCAUAUAACCUAAAUUCGGUUUAGCAAUGCCGCAUUUCAGGUAAUAUGAUGUAUUGCUUAAUUUAUGUUUUUUUUCUUAAAAUUAAGAAUCGCCUCCAUGUGUACAUUUUCUGUCUCAGAAUCGGUAUAGACUUCACAGAAAGAGCUUGAAUUCUUAUUAAGAAUUUGUCGUCAAUGCAAUUUUUAAUCCGGAUGCUGAAUGUACUAUGAAUCAAUGCCUUCACUAGUCUCAGUGUAAAAUUUCUUAUAAAUGUUGCACUCUAUGAAUGACCUUUUCAGGACUAUUUUUCUUUUGCAAAUCAAACAGUAACACAGAAGUAGGCUACUGUUCACAGUAAAUGUACAUUCAACUCCAGUAGUGUACAUGGUAUGGUAUGUACAUGCUGCAUGAUAUACUGAGUCAAAUGAAAAAAAUCUUGCAUUUUUUUACAGGCUGCUGGUAUCACCAUAUUAUGUUGUCAGCUCAAACAGUGGGUGGUCAGCAUAGAAUUCCCUUGGCUGAAGGACUGAAAAAGAGACACUUGGCAUCACUAACUCAAAAUUAAACUGGUUGGCUCUACUUAAACCUUUUUUUUUUUUUUUAAAUAAAAA